CGCAAACGAAGAAGGAAUUGGGGGAUUAGGGUUUCGGUUUCGAGUUUCUGUGAACGAUUAACUAAGAAAAGAUGAUCGAGGUGGUUCUGAACGAUCGAUUGGGGAAGAAGGUUCGCGUGAAGUGCAACGAUGACGACACCAUCGGCGACCUGAAGAAGCUGGUUGCAGCUCAGACGGGAACGAGGGCCGAUAAGAUUCGCAUCCAGAAGUGGUACACCAUCUACAAGGAUCACAUCACCCUCAAAGAUUACGAGAUCCACGACGGCAUGGGCCUCGAGCUCUACUACAACUAAAUCCCUCUUCAAAGGUGUUAUUAAUGGCGUAAUAUAGAUAGUAUGUGCUGGGAUCUGGAUAAUGCGUCGAAUGUAACUUUUGACUCGCAAAAAACCCCUUUGAUUGGAAUAAUGUACAUACCCGAAUGAUAUUGGGUUUAAUUUGCUGUUGGAACAAUCUGUUACUUUGUUAUAUAUAACAUAUUUGACGUCUUCCUGGUUUAUAUGAA